CCCCAAACGCACCAUAUAGUUCUCGCGUUUUUGCGGCGCGCGCACAUCCCCUGAUCUUUCCGAGCACCGAAUUUUCAACAUGGCCGACGUCACAGCGGUGGACGGAGACAAACUCAGCAAAAAGUCUGCCUGCUGACUGUGGUAGAUCAGCAUGCUGUGUCUGGUCAGAGCAGCCAGGCAGCAGCUGUGCCGGGCCUUUGGUGUCAGGGGACAGUGGUUAAAAUGUGCAGCCCCACAUGCAGCUGCAGUCCCAGCUCAAAUUUACGGGAACCGAUGGAGAGGUGACAAAAGUGAGUUGAAGAGACGGAUGAAAGCUGAGAAGAAAGCAGCAGAGAAAGAAGCCAAGGUCAAAGAGCAGGUGGAGCAAAAGAAAGAGUCCAAUGACCAGGAAGCGCAAAAUGCCUGUGGGCUGGAUGAGGAGUCUCUUGACCCAAAUCAAUACUUCAAGAUCCGCUCCCAGGCUAUCCAGGACCUGAAGGGCACAGCGGAGGACCCGUACCCACACAAGUACCACGUAGACAUGUCUCUCACAGAGUUCAUUGAGAAAUACAACCAUCUACAGCCUGGAGACCAGCUGGCAGAUGUUGUUCUCAGCGUGUCAGGCCGUGUCCAUGCCAAGAGGGCUUCUGGUGCCAAGCUGAUCUUCUAUGACCUGCGAGGUGAAUGCGUCAAGUUGCAAGUUAUGGCAAACUCAAGGAACUACAAGUCUGAGGUCGACUUUGAGGCCAUCAACAACAAACUACGCCGCGGUGACAUUAUCGGUGUUCGCGGAAACCCAGGGAAGACUAAAAAAGGGGAGUUGAGCAUCAUUCCCAUCGAGAUGACCCUGCUGUCUCCUUGUUUGCACAUGCUGCCCCACCUCCAUUUCGGCCUCAAAGACAAGGAAACACGAUUCCGCCAGCGCUACUUGGAUCUGAUUCUCAAUGACUACGUGAGGCAGAAGUUCAUAACUCGCUCCAAAAUCAUCACAUACCUGCGAAACUUUCUGGACCAGCUGGGAUUUUUGGAGAUUGAGACACCAAUGAUGAACAUUAUUCCUGGUGGAGCGGUGGCUCGUCCAUUUGUUACUUACCACAAUGAGCUGGAUAUGAACCUGUACAUGAGGAUUGCUCCUGAACUCUACCACAAGAUGCUCGUGGUUGGUGGAAUCGACCGAGUGUAUGAGAUUGGUCGGCAGUUCAGGAAUGAAGGCAUCGAUCUUACUCAUAAUCCAGAGUUCACCACCUGUGAAUUCUACAUGGCAUAUGCAGAUUACCAAGAUUUGAUGGAAAUCACAGAGAAACUUCUCUCUGGAAUGGUGAAGCACAUCACUGGAGGAUACAAGGUGAAGUAUCACCCCGACGGUCCAGAGGGACAGGCCUUUGAGAUUGACUUCACUCCACCAUUCAGAAGAGUGAGCAUGACACACGACCUGGAGAAGAUCAUGGGAGUCAAAUUCCCUCCUACUGACAGCUACGACAGUGAUGAGACACGUAAAUUCUUUGAUGAGCUGUGCAAACAGAAAGGAGUUGAGUGUCCUCCACCCAGAACGACUGCCCGCCUCCUUGACAAGUUGGUUGGAGAUUUCCUCGAGGUCACCUGUAUCAACCCUACAUUCAUCUGUGAUCACCCCCAAAUCAUGAGUCCCUUAGCAAAAUGGCACAGAUCGCAGAAAGGCCUGACGGAGCGUUUUGAGCUCUUUGUGAUGAAGAAGGAAAUCUGCAAUUCGUACACUGAGUUGAAUGAUCCAUUUAGACAGAGAGAACUUUUUGAGCAGCAAGCCCAGGCCAAAGCUGAGGGUGAUGAUGAGGCCAUGUUCAUUGAUGAGACCUUCUGCACGGCACUGGAGUACGGUCUGCCACCAACUGCUGGCUGGGGGAUGGGCAUUGAUCGGCUCACGAUGUUCCUGACCGACUCCAACAACAUCAAGGAGGUGUUGCUGUUCCCCGCCAUGAAGCCUGACGACAAUAAGACAUCAGCGCCCACCGAGGGCACCUCUGUCUAAUGACAUGACCUCUGAACCUUUUACUCACAGUGCUCAUCAGUGGAGUCUGCGGGUUUUGUGUUUUAUCAUUGUCAGUCUGUCAAAGGUUGCAUUCUUGCUGUUACGGGAAACCGUCCUGUGUCAGUUACAGCCUUUAUGUUUUUCUUAUCACUUUUGCUGCGUCCUCCUUGGACCUCAUUGUCAUCCAGACGGUAAACCGAUGGAACUUGAUCAUGUGAUUUGAUCUGGUGUUGUAAGCAGACCUAGAUGAAAUAUUUAUGAUUAUACGCUUGAGAUACUUCAAAGGAUGCUGGAUUAUGGUUACCAAAUACACAGAUACAUCUUGUGAUAAUAAAGCUCAAGCACCUAAUAUUUUAAAUUUUUUAAGUAUAACCAUCAGUUUUUACCAGGUCUGCUUGUAUUCCCUGAUUGAUUCCGCAAAAUUAAAGUUCAGAAGAUUAACAUGGUUAUAUCUGAAUAAAGGGCAUAUGAAUCUUGA